AUGGCUUGUAAUCCGACAGCUGCCCCGAUUGAUGACCCUAUCAAACAACAGUCUUGGAUGAACGGCCAGUUGGAGCCCAGCCAGCUAAAGCAAGGUUAA